CCGCCAGUUUUGAACGUGCAUGGUUAAUUAUUACAAUUCCCCUCCAUCUUAUUUUUUUAUACUAAAAAAAAACAAACAAUUUGUUUUCCACAUCAGCAACAGGUUGCGUGUAAUUCUAUUAGUUUAGUUCCACGUAUCUAAUUGAAUCGCAAUGGCUUCUCUCAAGACUUCCUUCCCCCCGGAUCUAUUCGACCGAACUACGCUCGUGUCCCUCGCUUCAACCGUCGCGAUUUUGGCUGUCGCUUACCUCCUAUCACUGCAGGCACUCGAUAAAAAGACGCCCACAAGCCAUCGGUUCUUAUUCAUAUGGCACGCAUUCGAUGCAUUGAUCCACUUCAUUCUCGAGGGGAGCUUUCUUUACCACUGCUUUUUCUCGUGGAUACCCCUUUCCAACGUGCCUAACCCGCAGUGGUUGGCGCCCACCGCCCGCAAUUACCUUGGCCACACCGACCGCGCUUACGGCUCGCAGGCUGGUGGUAACAAUCCGUUUGCACAGCUUUGGAUGGUGUAUGCGAAGGCGGAUCGGAGAUGGGCCGGUGCAGAUUUGACAGUUAUUAGUCUCGAGCUCCUGACGGUAUUCAUCGCCGGCCCACUCGCUUGCCUCAUCUGCUACGGUAUCGCGAAGAAGGAUCCGCGCACCAACAUUCUCCUGAUCAUAAUCGCAACUAUGGAGCUAUACGGUGGUUUUAUCACCUUCUGCCCCGAGUGGCUAACCUCGAACUACAAUCUCAACACAAGCAACUUCAUGUAUAAGUGGGUGUACCUGGUAUUUUUCAAUAUGCUCUGGGUUUUCAUCCCCCUAUACGCGAUCUGGGUGGCCAUCAAGGAUAUCGACAAUGCAUUUACCAUAAGGGAAAAAGUUGUGAUCAAGGUUGCAAGCAAGUCUUCGUCGUCGUCGUCCUCCUCCUCGUCAAGAAAAAGGCAGUAAAAAAAGGCAGUAGGGUUUAUGGAAUAUCUAAUGACUUGGAAGACAAUUUCUAGGGGUAUAUUUUGUCCUCCAGCUUCGGUAUGCAGUCGGCGUCUGGAGACGUUGGCCUUGAUGCUAUGGUAUGAUACCCAUUAGUGAUUACUUGCUAAUGACAGGUGAGGGAGCUAGUUUCACGAAUUCACGGUCUUGAGUUGGGUACUUAUGUUUGAAUGAGGAUGGUCAAAUACCUAUAACAAUGAAUAAAACUACUCACGCUGAAGCUGAUAGAAUUAAUACAUUGUGGCUUAAUGUAGAAGACUACCUAGGAAUGAAACGUGAAGGGUAAACUUUAGGUGGUUGCGCCAUUUCACCCCAACCCGAGUUGUCCUCAGCCUGCAUAUCCAGAACGAAAUGUAUGGCGG